AUGGGCAAGCACUAUCCACUGGGCUACGACUAUUUCAGGCCCAGACUGCAUAAAGCAUUCAUGUCGAAAGCACAUCUGCAGAACGAGGACGAAAUACGGCAAGGUAUCCAGCGAGCCGAGUAUGUCAAGAAGGAGAUUGAAGCUCUGUAUUUCUUGAAGAAGUAUCGGUCGAUGAAGCAACGAUACUCAUGA